AUGUCCGAACAGACUAAAGAGCUGGUGGAGCUGGUGUGGGGCACCAAGAGCAGUCCCGGUCUGUCUGACACCAUCUUCUGCCGCUGGACGCAAGGGUUUGUGUUUAGUGAAUCAGAGGGAUCUGCAUUAGAACAGUUUGAAGGUGGCCCCUGUGCUGUUAUUGCACCUGUUCAGGCAUUUCUUUUGAAGAAGCUCCUGUUUUCUUCUGAGAAGUCUUCUUGGAGGGAUUGCCCAGAGGAAGAGCGGAAGGAACUCCUUUGUCACACCUUAUAUGAUAUUUUAGAAAGUGCCUGUUGUGACAACUCUGGAUCAUACUGCUUGGUUUCAUGGUUAAGAGGAAAGACAGCUGAGGAAAAUGCUAGUAUUUCUGGGAGUCCUGCAGAGUCUAGUUGCCAAGUGGAACAUUCUUCUUCUGCCUUGGCUGUCGAAGAGCUUGGCUUUGAGCGAUUUCAUGCAUUAAUUCAGAAAAGAUCAUUCGGAAAUUUAUCCGAAUUAAAAGAUGCUGUCUUGGACCAGUAUUCAAUGUGGGGAAGCAAAUUUGGAGUAUUGCUUUUUCUGUAUUCUGUGUUAUUAACAAAGGGCAUUGAAAACAUAAAAAAUGAAAUUGAAGAUUCAACUGAACCUUUGAUAGAUCCUGUGUAUGGACAUGGCAGCCAAAGUUUAAUUAACCUCCUAUUGACGGGACAUGCUGUUUCUAAUGUAUGGGAUGGUGAUAGAGAAUGCUCAGGAAUGAAACUUCUUGGUAUACACGAACAAUCAGCUGUAGGGUUCUUAACAUUAAUGGAAGCUUUAAGAUACUGUAAGGUUGGUUCUUACUUGAAAUCUCCAAAAUUCCCUAUUUGGAUUGUUGGCAGUGAAACUCACCUCACCGUAUUUUUUGCCAAGGAUAUGGCUUUGGUUGCCCCUGAGGCUCCUUCAGAACAAGCCAGAAGAGUUUUUCAAACCUAUGAUCCAGAAGAUAAUGGAUUCAUACCUGAUUCACUUCUAGAAGAUGUGAUGAAAGCGUUGGACCUUGUUUCAGAUCCUGAAUAUAUAAAUCUCAUGAAGAAUAAAUUAGAUCCAGAAGGAUUAGGCAUCAUACUAUUGGGUCCAUUUCUUCAAGAAUUUUUUCCUGAUCAGGGCUCCAGUGGUCCAGAGUCUUUUACUGUCUACCACUACAAUGGACUGAAGCAGUCUAAUUAUAAUGAAAAGGUCAUGUAUGUGGAAGGGACUGCAGUUAUUAUGGGUUUUGAAGAUCCCAUGCUACAAACAGAUGACACUCCUAUUAAACGCUGUCUUCAAACCAAAUGGCCAUAUAUCGAAUUACUCUGGACCACAGAUCGCUCUCCUUCACUAAACUGA